AAGCCGGACCCAGGCCCCGAAGCCGUGGCCAUGUCCACGCGCACGGGCCUGUCCAUCCCCUCGGUGGGCGCAUCCUUCGCGGUGCCCGACGUGGAGGCCGAUGCUGAGAAGUCCGCGGAGGCCGAGAACACCUAUAUUUUGCGGCCCAUUUUCCAGCAAAGGUUCAGACCGUCUACGGUGAAAGACUGCAUCCAUGAUGUGCUCAAGGAGGAACUGACAAAUGCGGAGUAUAUUCCUGAAGAAAUGCCUCAGCUCACAAAACAUUUAUCCGAAACAAUUAAAGACAAAUUGAAAGAAAUGGGAUUUGACCGAUAUAAAAUGGUGGUGCAAGUGGUGAUUGGAGAACAAAGAGGUGAAGGAGUAUUCAUGGCCGCUCGCUGUUUCUGGGAUGCAGACACUGACAACUAUGUUCAUGAUGUUUUCAUGAAUGAAAGUUUAUUCUGUAUUGUUGCAGCAUUUGGAUGUUUCUAUUAUUGAAUCUUUGAAAGACGGGGAAGAGAUGACUGAAGAAAUGUGAACUUUUAAACAUUGUUAAGCACUUGAUCAGACACAACUUGGCAGUUUGGCAAUUAUUAGGCUUUAUACUUUUAAUAUUUUAAUUUUGUGACAAUAUAUUAUUACAUUUGAAGAGGAAAGUGUAGGGGAAAUUCAUCAUUCAACUGCUCAAACAUAACCAACUGUAAAUAUUUGAUACAUUUUCUACCAGUGCUUUUGUAUUUGUAUGGUUAGAUCAAUAAUAUGUGCAACUUUGUACCUUGAUUUAUUUCACUUCUCAAAGUGUCAUAAACUGUUUUGACAGUAUUUUAUUUAUACUCUGAUUUUAAUAAGCAGAAUCUAAGUUUUAUUUAUUGCAUUAGGUUAUGUCAUGGGGAUUUUUGCCAUUUCCCUGUUGAGGGACUGUGUAUUUUGAAUUUCCACUAUUAUAAAUGACACUGAGAUGGAUUAGUAUUUAGGUUUUCUUAUUCUAUAUUUUGAAUUGUUGCCUUUACCUCUCGCUACAGUGGUUUUGCUUAGUUACGGUCACUCUCUGCUGUACAUAGCUUAUUACCUUCAACACCCAUCUCCCCCCACCCCCCGGGUUUGUCCCUAGUAUUAGGGUCUCAGAGGGCCCAAGUUGUAUGUGUAUGGAAUGAAAUCUAAGCAAACCUAUUGCUGUGGAGUUGAUUGCAGGACAGAGUAGAGCUGCCUCAUGGGGGUUCCAAGGCUGUCAUUUUUAGUGGAAGCAC